AUGAAGGCCUUCGCUUACCUCGUUGCCCUCGUCGCCUCGUCGGCCGUUGGCGUUCUCGCCUCCGACAGCGCGGAAGGUGUCAAGAUUGACGUGACCAAGAAGGUUGAGUGCGAGCGCAAGACCCAAAAGGGCGACAAGAUCCAGGUUCACUACCGCGGCACUCUUGCCUCUAACGGCGAAAAGUUUGAUGCCAGCUACGAUCGCGGCAGCCCCUUUGCCUUCUCCCUCGGCGGCGGCCAGGUCAUCAAGGGCUGGGAUGUUGGUCUCUUGGACAUGUGCAUUGGCGAGAAGCGCACCUUGACCAUUGCCCCCGAGUUUGGCUACGGCGACCGAGGCAUCGGCCCCAUCCCUGCUAAGUCUACUCUCAUUUUCGAGACCGAACUUAUGGGCAUCGACGGCGUUCCCAAGCCCGAGCCCGUCCCUGAGCAGGACGCGUCCGAGGAAAAGACUGGCGAGGAGAAGCCCAAGGAUGAACUCUGA